CAUUUUAAUUAUAUUUCCUUGUCGCGUUCUUGCCCUUUUGCUGAAUUCCUUCACACGAAGAUCCUACGACCCAGUAUUUAGCUUGGUCACUCCUUCGGCUCGCCUCGCUGUUAGGAUCAUUAGGGGUACCUCGCUACGAGAGCUACGGCAGGCUUAUCCCAGUACUCCGUACAAUAUUGCGACCAUGACUUCUUCGGCAGCGGCAGCUUCAUCGACCGUACUACCUGGUGCAGACGGCGAAUGCGGUGUUCAGCAUAAUAAUGCGCCAUGUUUGCCUGUAGCAGGACGAGCUUGUUGCAGUAUCAAUGGGUAUUGCGGGUCCAACGAGACAUACUCCACCCAGCUGUCUCGUCAGCAACGGCUGCCAAUCCGGCUGCGUCAACGCCUCUGAAUUCGAAAGCAGUUCCAGCUCCUCACUCACAACAUUGAGCUCAACCUCCUCCUCCACCGUAUCUCUACACACAUCAUCCACCCUAACUAGUUCGACAACCCAUCUUUCGAGCACGUCAACGACAGCUAAGCCAACCUCUACAAGUACUAGCGACAGUCAUCAUCUCAGCAAGGGCGCCAAAGCUGGCGCGAUAGCGGGAGGAGUUAUUGGGGGUAUCGCGUUUAUCAUUAUACUUUUGCUGCUCUGGCGUUGCUGGUGGGGGUGGAGGAAUAAGCGAAGUGUUGCGUAUCAUCAGGGUGCGAAUACGUCGGGAAUUGCGCGCGUUCGUCACGAGGGGUAGUGUGCCCUUCUAUGUGCGAGCGUGCGGGGAAGUUUGUGAUGUUCUG